GAUCUGAAACCCUAGAAACCCAGAAAGAGCUCAGUGAGUCGUACACCGACAGCUCGAUCCAAUUUCCAAUCCAACCCCAAGCAGUUUCCCCCUGAGCUCGGUCCACUAGAUACGCUCUCAGAAGCCCGACCCGUAACCCUAAAUAACAAAAAAACCAAAAACCCAAAAUCCGAAUCUGAACGCCCACACCUUCCCCAACCCAACCACCGACUCCCGAUCUAUCUAUUUUCUCUCUCUUCGCGAAUCGAUCGAAAGAGAGAAAGUUCUCCGACGAACGAACAAUGUUACACCAACUCGGCUGAAUGGAGCUCAACGAUUCAACCGCGAUUGCCGCCACCGCCGCAACUCUGCGCUCUCCCCUCCCGAUCGAUCUCAAUGAGAUCCCUACUUCGUCCUCCUCUUCUCCGCCGCUGCCGUUCGGUCUCGAGGCGGAGCAAUCCGAGACCUACGACGACCUCGUCGCGCCAGUCGACCUCGUCCGCUCUUUCCACGACCAUCCCGACCCCGCCCCGGGCCUCGCGGCCGGUCUGCCGCGGGAAGGGGCGUGCGGCACCUGCGGCGGCCCCGAGGCGCAGGGCCACGUCGUCGUCUGCGACGGCUGCGAGCGGGGCUUCCACCUGGCAUGCGUCGAAAUGCGCGGCGGCUGUGGCUUGGACGCAGCUGGCUCGUCCGAGUGGCUGUGCGCUGAGUGCCUCGGCGGCGGGGUGAAGAGCAAGGGGUGGCCGUUGGGGUUUAAGAAUAAUAAGAGGAUGAUUUUGGACAUCAAUGCUUCCCCUCCUAGGGAUGCGGACGGGGAUGGGGAGCCUGCUGAGGACGAAAGGCUUCUCCAUUUGAGGAAGUGCACUCCUGGUGAUAAUUCUUCUGAUGGAAAUGCAUUUGGUGCCCCAGUGACAUAUUCAAAUCUUAUAUAUGCGGGGAAUGGAUUUGGGCUGAGAAAAGGUUCAGGAAGGAUGAUGCAUGCAUUCAGAAUGGGGUUCAGGGAUAUAUUGCAUCACGAUGCAGAUAGAGGUUUAGAGGAAGUAAACUGGGGAUUUCCUAUAGGAAAGUGUAGGAGUGGUGAUACCACAAGUAUCAGAUUGCCAUCUAGGAAUCCAAAUGAGCUUUUUCUUCAGGGUCUUAGAGAAUUUGUUUCUGAAAGGCAUGGUGUGCUGGCGGAAGGUUGGCGUGCAGAAUUGAAACAUUCUACAAGUAGUUAUGAACUGUAUGUGGUUUAUUGUUCUCCAGAUGGGGAAACUUUUGGUACAAUGUCAGAGGUUGCUGUACAUCUUGGAUUGAAUCCUGUUAGUCAUGCAAUGGAUAUUGAUAGAAGUGACGGUUCUUGCUCUCAGCUGCCAGAAAAGCCACAUGCAUAUAAGAGGAGAAAAUACAAGAAAAGUAAGGAAGUUUUGGAAAACGGCUAUCAUAAGCAUUUCCUGUCAAAUAUUGUAAGUGGAGGGAUUGCUGAUGGAAAGUUGGGGAAAGACAGGGAAGUUAAAACUGAUGAUAACGGUACCGGGGGUGCUGAGCCAUUUAGUGAUGGAUUCCCAGUUCAGUUUGAAGAUCUCUUUGUUAUUUCUUUGGGAAAAAUUGAUGCCAGACCAUCGUAUCAUGAUGUAGGACACAUUUGGCCAGUAGGUUAUAGAUCAUGUUGGCAUGAUAAGGUUACUGGAUCAAUGUUUGUACAGGAAGUGGAAGAUGGUGGUGAUUUAGGACCUGUCUUCAGAAUCAAGAGGUUUUCAUGCUCUGUUUAUCGCAUUCCUGAGGUUUCAACUGUUUUGGUUAUUGACGAGUUUGCCGUGCAAAACAAUGAAGAGAGUUGUAGUGAGAUAUGUGAUGGAGAUCCAGAAAAUGUUGAAAGUGUUGAUAUGCUUCUUAUGGAGCAUUCUCCCCCUAGUGAAGAUGACAUUGUGAAUUGUCUCAAAUGUGUAUCAAAUGAACCUAUUACAAAGACAUCGGAGAGCUUGCAAAAUAGUGCAGUCUCUGGCUUGUGUGGGGUGCUUUCAUCGGAUAAGCUGGACAGAGAUUAUAUUGGUGAGAUCUUGGUGGAAGAGCAGUCACCAUCGUUGGCUUGGAGAAAGUUAGCACAGAAAUUAGUUGAUGCUUAUUCUGAAAUUUUUAAGCGUGAAGGCAAAGUUAGGCUGUCCUGCUGCCAUGCUGAUAUUGUUGCUGGAGAACCAAUCUGGACUCGGAGGGAUGGGAAGUUAGAAACUAAUUUUGCUAUGCUGACCAAAUUUUGCAGUUCCCCUAACUAUCUUGGCAUUCCUUUGGUAUACGAGGGCGAGGUGGGCUUAUUGGCAGCUUCUCUGUCGAAAUGGCUCGAUGAGGAUAGAUUUGGAUUGGAUGUAGAUUUUGUCCAAGAGAUGUUAGAAGAGCUUCCUGGUGUUGAAAUUUGUUUCAGAUAUGAGUCUCUGAUUCAUAGAAGGAAACAUACUAGAACCUUAACACUAGAAAAUGGACUCGUAACAGCUAAAAGGAAAUCUGGUGUUCAAUUAGAUAACUUAUUUCGAAGAUCUAAGAAAGCAAGGGUGAUUGAAGACAGUGUUAUGGAUUAUCCUCCAGGAAGGCUGUUGUGCCCCAAGCUUCCUUCUUCCGUCCUUGUUGGUGAUCUUUAUCAGGUGUGGGAGUUGCUGUGUCGUUUCCAUGAUAUUUUGGACUUAAAAGAUCCCCUUACGUUGGGGGAACUUGAAGAGGAAAUUAUCAACCCAUGGUCUGGUUGCUCAAUUGAUGGGUGUACCCUUACCAAGAAUGUUAGUGGAAGUCAUGCCCCCGAUAUUUUAGGACUAGAUAAAAUGGAUAGCCUAUUCCAGUCUUCAAGAGUGGAAAAUAUGGCAGUCCAUGAAGAUGAUCCGCAUGCUUUUAUACCAGUGGAGGCGGAAAUUGCUACUGAUGCUGCCCAAACUGAACUUGCCUCUGUUAAUCCCUUUGGAUGCAUGGGAGCAUCUUUGACUAGGGCUCAUAGUGCACUCUUAGCUGUUCUGAUAUGUGAGUUACAGUCCAGAGUUGCUGCACUUGUAGAUCCAACUUUAGAUUCUGGGGACGCAAAAUCAAAAAGGGGCAAACGGAGAGAGUCAGAUAAUGCAAUUUCUGCCAGAAGAAGUAAGCUUAGUAUGCUUCCUAUCAAUGAAUUGACAUGGCCAGAAUUAUCCCGGAGAUUUGUCUUGGCAGUCUUGUCCAUGGAUGGUAACCUUGAAUCUGCUGAGAUUACUGCUCGUGAAAGUGGCAAAGUAUUUCGCUGCUUGCAAGGGGAUGGCGGGGUGCUGUGUGGUGCACUUACUGGGGUUGCUGGCAUGGAAUCAGAUGCACAUUUACUUGCAGAGGCUAGGAAGAAAAUUUACGGAUCCUUAAGUUGUGACAUGGAUGUUAUUACCAUUGAAGGUGAAGUUGCAGAUGCAAGUGGAACUAGUGAAAAGAGUGAUCCAUGUGAUGUGACCAUGCCUGAGUGGGCUCAGGUGCUGGAGCCUGUUCGAAAACUGCCAACCAAUGUUGGUACCAGAAUCAGGAAAUGUGUUUAUGAUGCUCUUGAAAAAUGCCCACCAGAUUGGGCAAAGACAAGAUUGGAACAUUCGAUAAGUAAAGAAGUGUAUAAGGGCAAUGCAUCAGGACCAACAAAGAAAGCAGUACUUGCGGUGCUGGCAGAUGUACAGAAUGAGAUAGCAAUGCAGAAUUCUGAAAAAAGAAAUAAGAGGAAGAUGGCUAUCGCGAUAUCCGACGUUAUAAUGAAGCAAUGUCGGAUUGUCUUACGCCGGACUGCUGCCGAUGAUGAUGGAAAAGUUUUCUGUACCUUGCUGGGAAGAAAUCUACUAAAUUCAAAUGAUAAUGAUGACGAAGGACUCCUUGGAUCUCCAGCCAUGGUUUCUCGUCCUCUUGAUUUUCGGACUAUUGAUUUGAGAUUAGCACUUGGAGCUUAUGGGACUUGCCAUGAAUCCUUUCUUGAAGAUGUUCGAGAGUUGUGGGACAAUGUGCAGGCUGUCUUUCAUGAUCAGUCUGACCUGUGUGAGUUGGCUCAGACGCUGUCCUGCAAUUUUGAAUCUUUGUAUAAGAAAGAGGUUGUCAACCUUGUUGAGAAGUUGGAGGCGUAUGCUAAAAUGGAUCACUUAAGUGAAGAAACUAAAAAGGACUUGGAGGAUGUCCUUGCCUCUGUUAAAGAUAUUCCAAAAGCGCCCUGGGAUGAAGGUGUCUGCAAAGUCUGUGGUGUGGAUAAAGAUGAUGACAGUGUCCUAUUAUGUGAUACUUGUGACGCGGAGUAUCAUACCUAUUGCUUGAGUCCGCCUCUAGCCAGGAUCCCGGAGGGAAACUGGUAUUGCCCAUCUUGUGUCAGUGGUGUUUGUGGCAUUCAGCAGGCAUCACAAACCAGUCAUGUUGCUGGCAGAAGUCUACGCAAGAAGUACCAGGGCGAGGUGACCAGUGCUUACUUGGAGAAACUUGGACGUUUAUCUGUUGUAUUAGGAGGAAAAGAGUAUUGGGAGUUCACUGUGGAUGAGAGGAUCUUCUUGCUCAAGUUCUUGUGUGAUGAGUUGCUUGGCACAGCUCUGAUCCGUCAACAUCUGGAGCAGUGUAUGGAAACAUCAGCAGAGUUACAACAGAAACUCCGAUCAUUUGUGGCUGAAUGGAAAAAUCUGAAGUCCAAGGAAGAAUUCAUGGCUUUAAGAGCUGUGAAAAAGGAUUCUUGUUUCAUUGGUGAAAGAUAUGUGAAGGAAGGUGUAACUUCUGCACUUAUGACUUCAUGUAGUCAUGUGGUACAGCCAGUUAGUUCAAGUGAUCGACCUACACUUUGUAGUCCUUUAUCAAAUGAAGUAUUGACAAUGAAGGGCUGCGGAGAACGAACUGGGAUAAAUGGCUGUAGUGAGACCUCUAUGGAUUCUCAAAUCUUUCAUGGUGGCAAUGAACAAGCUGUGUGUAGCCAAGGUAAAGAACAGCAAGUGUUGAUGGAUGGUAAGAAUAGAAGCUAUCAAGAGAAUGGUAAUUUUUCUGCACGCGAUCAGUCCCCGUCAGAAAAUCAUUUGGCACAGGUUGGUGAUGCUAUCAUUAAAAGUGAAUCCUCGGAUUCACAUGGACACUUGACUACUGAUAAUAUGAAUGAGCCACAAAACUAUGAUACCGAGCUAAGUUCCCUCAAGAAUGACAUUCUUAUGUUGAAGAACUCCAUUAUGAGCAUAGAAUUGCAGCUGUUUAGGUUGUCUACCCGGAGAGAGUAUUUGGGAAGUGACUCUUUGGGUCGCUUGUACUGGGCUUCAGCUGUGCCAGGAAAGAACCCGUGUGUUGUUGUAGAUGGAACCUUGACACUGCAGCAAAGAGAAAUAUCAGGUUAUAGAGACCCAGUAAGCAGCAAGUUGGGGACCAUUAACUCUCGCUUACCUUCUGGAAGACUUAAGGACAAUGCUGAGGUGCAUCCCUACUGGAUUGCGUAUGAAUCUGAUUCAGAAAUUAAAGAACUCAUUGGUUGCUUGGAUAAUGACCUAAAACAGAGAGAACUGAAAGAGUCUCUUCUGCAACUGCUAAAGCUGAGAUCUCUUGAAAAUCGCCAAAUUUGUUAUUCAGUUGAGGCUGAGCACCAACCAGCACCACCAGUGGAUCUAAACAAGGAAAAAGAUUUAUCUAGAGAUUGUGUCACUACAAAAGCUGCGAUGUUUAUGGAGAAGAAAUAUGGCAAGUUCGCUCAGUUAGAGUCUGGUCACGUGUCAAAUAAGUUGUUGGAAAAGAAAAGAAUGACUGAUGGAGAUAAGAUGUACAGGUGCGAGUGUUUGGAGCCAGUUUGGCAGUCUAGACUCCAUUGUUUCACUUGCCACCGAACUUUCAUUGAUGAUGCUGAAUUGAAGGGCCAUGGUGAUGGCACUUGCUGUCAAACUCAGAAGAAGUGUGAAGAGAGUAAUCAUUCUAUUAAGCUCAUGGGCGAGAUGGCUUCAGAGGCAUUUAACAAUAACUGCACGGGCAAAAUUGCUGAAUCUUCUAAAAGCAGAUCUGAUCCCAGAUCUAGGCUGGAUAAAUUUCAAAGUGAAGUGAUACCAUGUCCCUACAACUUUGAAGAUAUCAGCUCUAGAUUUGUUACAAAAGAUUCUCUCAUGGAGUUGGUGCAGAGUAUAGGUCUGCUUAGUUCGAAUGGUGUACCGUCUUUUGUUACGUCUGUUUCUCCUUAUGUCAGUGAUUCCACUGUAUUGUUGAUUUCUGCAAUGAAAGAUGGAGGUGGAGGUGGAGGUGGUAAGUCGAAUCUUGAUAGGAGCCAGGUUGAUCAACCAGUUUCUGAUAAAGUUUCUGGGAAAUCAGUUGCUGAUGAAACAAAUGAGCUUGCAAGGACUAAAAAGUCUUUUUCUGGAGGUCCAGAAAGGCGGGAUCUUAAGUCUCACUUUGAUAGACGGAGUUCUGAAACCAGGCAUUUGAAUCAUUGUAUAAUUCCUUCUUCUGCACAAAGGCCAUUACUAGACAAAAUAUCUGCACCUAUUAUGAGGCAGCUGAAGAUAAAUUUGCUAGACAUGGAGGCUGCGCUACCUGGAGAAGCCUUGAGGGCUUCAAAGUCAGGAAUAGAAAGGAGUUGGGCCUGGCGUGCCUUUGUUAAAUCGUCCAAUUCAAUUUAUGAGAUGAUCCAAGCGACAGUAGUAUUGGAGGACAUGAUUAAAAGAGAUUACUUACGUAAUGAGUGGUGGUAUUGGUCGUCUCUCUCUGCUGCUGCCAAAACUGCCACCAUUUCUUCCCUGGCUCUGCGGAUAUUUUCCCUUGAUUCUGCCAUUUUUUAUGAGAAAGUUCUGUCCAAUUCGGAUUCUCCAGAGAAGUUGAAGCCCAUCAGUAUAUCUGAAGAGAAAACAGUGCAUCUGGAUUCACCUGACAAAAGCAAGACAGGGAGGAAGUCUAAUAACAAGAAAAGGAAGGAACCAGAAGGUUAAUGGAUGGUUGUCAUUUCUAAAUAAUGAGAACCUAGGUGUUAGACUCAACCUUAGGGUACAAUCAAAAUGAAGCACGAGGGAUCUUAUUGGGUGCAUACCUGUUCAUCUCAACGGCUCAACCUCAAAGCAUUUUGAUGGAGCUGCUGCCUUGGGUGCUUCACAUUAGUGUAUAUAAAAAUAUGCUGACACGCUAACUCGAAUGAUGGAUUGACGAGUCAACAAAAUGCUCUGGUUCAUGCAAUUCAGAGUAGUCUUGUACAAAAAUGAGCAGGACCAGCGCCGUGGUGAUUGCUGCUGCUGCAGAAAAUAAUUUUGGUGCGUGAGAAAACGAGAUGAGUUUUUUAGAUGGAAGAAAAUCCAUGUAAUGGGGAAAUCAUGUUGAAAAAGUUCUCUGGUGGCUUGCUGAUCAAAGAAGUCUAAUUUACUUGCACUACUUUCCAACAGAAAUGUCAUUCACUGAGGCCUGGAGUAUGAUACGCUGUAGGGACUGCUACUUAUCUCCCGGAACCCUCAUCUGGAGGUGCCGACGAACAAUUCUAGAAGUUGCUGGAGCCAGGUUUUCAAAACUCCUCACAACAGGUACUUUUUCCUCACGUUCCGAAGUUUCUGUGCGUCAGGCAUCCUCCUUCCUUCCCUGCGUCCCCUCUACUUUCCCUUUGAACGAAGUGUGGCUAUUUUGGGGCAAAUACUGGUUAGUGUUUACACUGAGGCUCAGUCUCUUUAAGGUGACUGGUCUGUAGUUGUUUAGCGAGCCAGUUUUGUUAUAGUGAGCUUUUCGGCACUUGGGGUUCCGUUGCUCAUUGUGUAAUCUAUGUAACUCUGGGAUUUGUAGUCUGCCGAUUAUUACCGAAGGAAAGAAUGAACUGGAAGCUGGGAGACGGAUUUAGUUAGUGACUUAGAGUUUAGGGUUGGACUUCUUCAUGGAAGUCAUGUACUAUACUUGUCUGAUUUGAAUCAAUGUCAAUCUAAUAGCUUCGUCCCAAUCGAAUCUUUGCU